AAAAGAACAGUUAAAGAAAUCAUCAACAGUCCCAAAUUGCUGCCCAUGAUGAGUGUAUGCAAACUUCUGAUCACAACUGUUAACAUGAUCUGAGCCAGCUGUUGUCUCAGUGUGUAGAGAAACUGUUGGCCAUCGACGUGAGUGGUUAUCAGUGUUCGAUCACUACGACCAAGCCAAAGUGACCUUUCUCUGAAGGUUAAUCUACUAUAAGACAAGGUUAAAAAUUAACUUUUUGAUGAAAGACGUAAAAGAGCUCUUAAAUCUGAAUGUGGAUUUUUGCAUUUAGGCGUGUCAAAUUCCAGGUAAAGUGUUAUUCAGCUCUUCUGCAAAGAUCAACAGAGUUAGUAACCUGAAGGGUGCCGAGAGACUCUUUCUUCUGUUGAAACAAGACUCGCCGGUGAGUCUGUCUGCCCACACCAGCACAGCAAAGGCAGCCUCUGUGCUACAGUCCAGACUGUUGGGUGACAAGAAUCAGUGGACCAGUGCUGUAAUGACAUGGAGUCGACUGCAGGGGGAGCUGACAGGCAGCAAAAAUACCGUCAAAACAUCAAGCCCUGCCCUGGGAGUGACAAGGAAGAGGGAGGAUGAGAUGAGAGGGAGUGACGAACAGAGCAGAGAGGGGGAGAAGAGCCUUGUAGAGUUUAGAACAAGUAUAGGAGGGGAGAGGAAGGAGGAGAUUGACAAACAGAGAAGUGGUGGACAAAAUGGAGUAUCCACAAUGGCACAGAAGAGAAAGAGGGAUGAGGAGGAGGAGAAGGCGAGAAAAGUGGCAGCUUGGGACACAGACAUUGAGAAGACUGUAGAAAAGGGGAAGGCAUGUGAGGAAAAAAGGACAAGAGAGGAAGAAGCAGAGGGGAUGUUAGAGGAGUUUAUCGACUGUACACAUGGAGCAUACGGCAAUGGGGGAGGACCAGUUUGUGACCACCAAGCAUCCAGGCUGGAGCACCGUGGAGCAAGUAGCAGCAGGAAGAUGGAUGACAUAGCAAAGGAUUUCACUGAAGAAAGUCAGGAAAAUGUGAAGACCACUGGAGAAAAAAAUAAGACACUGCUGACAACCUGUGAGGAUAAACCAGAGCGGCUUUCCUGUAUCCCGGUCUCCUUUAGGAUCAGCUGCAAAUGUUCUGGAUCUCUGUCACGAUGCUUGGGCGCACAGGAGGUGAGCAGAGUGAUUGGAGCAGGUCUGAGCAGACUGCUGGGCUGGAAGGCUGACCUGAAGAAUCCACAGUUGGAGAUAAAUGUCCAUUUGAGUGAUGACUACUGCCUGCUCGGGAUCCCACUGACCAGGUUGCCUCUUGCUAACCGGAGCUAUAUAAAAACCACAGGACUAAGGUCUACAACAGCCUGGGCCAUGGCCUCACUGGCUCAUAUACAGCCAGGCUUCCGUGUGGUUGACCCAAUGUGUGGGGUGGGGACCAUCUUAAUAGAAGCUGCACAGGAGCAUAAGGAUGCCUGUUUCCUGGGUGUGGAUAUUGAUGAAGCACAGCUGCAGAAGGCCAGUGAGAACGUAGCAUUUGCUGAGUUGGAAAACAGAAUAAACCUGCUGAAAGCGUCGUCUCUGGUACUGCCUGUGCCCAGUGCCACUGUAGACGCUGUGAUCUGUGACCUGCCAUUUGGCAGGAAGUUUGGCUCCAGAAUAGACAUGGCUGCCAACUUGCCACUCAUCCUGGCAGAGAUGGAGAGAGUUCUCCGUCCUGGUGGUAUCCUGGUGCUCCUCCUGAGUCCUCAGUUGUCCUGUCUACUCAAAAAACUUCUAAUACAAUAUGAUACUGGACCAACAUCUAACCCUGAAACAAAGCCUCAGACUGGGAUGCAAAACUGCCCAUCUUCUUCCAGAUCUCCUUCUAAGAAGCAGACUUUCCAAAUCCACUCUGGGGUCAAAUCCUCACCAAGCCAAGAAACCAAGCUUCAACACAGUCUGCCUUUCACUGUGUCCUCAUUGAAGCAUCAAGCAACUUUCAGAGUCAGCUUAGGAGCAAUAGAUGGACUUAUUCAUAAAUAUGUCAAAACAGACUGUGUUUUCAGGGACGUUAUGUUGUAAGGCACUCGGUUUGAUUUUCUUUGUUGCUAACAUGUAAAAAAAAAAAAGUGGCCAUGUUUAAAUACCACUGUGUUUUAACCGCUCUGUAACAUGUUUUGGUUUGGUUACAGUUUUUUAAUUGUAAAUGAGAUUUCCAGAUAUUUAAAAUGUGUUUUUGGAAGCAGCUGAGAAAUUAUUUUUGAAAGCUUAAAGUAAAGAAAUAUUGAUUUUCCAAUCCUCCAGCAGUGCUUGACCUCUAAUUUCUAAAAUCCUGCUCGUGGCACUCAUUCCCAAGCUCACUUAUUCAUUGAUUAUGGUUAUCUUUAAAAAGCAACUCACAAAUGUUGCUCAGUAUCUCAACAUGUUCAUAAAAUUGCCAGACACUGCCUUUUUUUGCAUUACUUUUUAAUCAAACUGAUAAAUUGUGAAUUUCUUUUCAACACUUUUCAGGUUAAUAACACUGGCAUA